AACCACCUCUCAUCUAUCCAGUGUAGAUCUGACCUGACUAAGUGAGUACACUGCCAUUCUAUAUUAUAGACUCACUAUGAUGAACAGUUCCAGGAGAAGAUAGUGGUGACCAUGCAGCGUAGUUAUUUCAGUCGUUUCAAUGACAGCUGCGGAAGAAGCUUUGUCUGGUACAUAUCAUAUUUCUCAAUAACAUCCUCUCUCUCAUUAUCUCUCUCUCUUUCCCUCUCCCUCUGCUCUCUCUCUCUCUCUCUAGUGUUCUGGAGAGGACCAUCAGGUCGGCGGUGGAGCAGCAUCUCUUUGACGUGCAAAUGUGCGGAGGAGGUCAAAGUACGACGGAGGAUUCCGAGUCGACCGGGUGCUCCUCGUCGCCCGAGGUAACCCUGACGGCACGGCAGAGACGUCGGCACCAGAGGGAGCAGGAAGAGGCUCAGAGACACCGGGACAGGAGCAGGUAUGGACCAUAGAACGAAUCCUUACAUAUGACAUUUGUCUCACCCUAUUGGUGUAGGACCUGCCUUUACUGUUGAUAAUUGGUAUAUUUGGUCAAUGGCAUCCUUUGUGAGUAACCAUUCUAACAGAGUGACAUUCUCAGAGUUCUAGGACAUCAACAAUGGCAGUUUCCACCAUUGGAUUUACCAAUAUCAGUGGACUGGGAGACUUAUUAUGAUCCAAUGUCCAUUCUAGUAAUUCUAACUCUAUGCUCCCAAUGGCCUCACCUCUAGUGAGGUGUCACUAGUCUGGGGUCCUAGUGCUACCAAGCUAAUCUUUGUUGAUAUAGACCUGGUGGAGUCUGGAGAAGCAUUAGUGCAGCCGCCCACCAUACAACAUCAAUAAGACAAGUUCACUGUACUCUGUAAAUAGAAUUAGCGCAAAUGCUAAACAUCGCGUUAGCCUGGGUACAAGGUAUAAGUAGAUGACCUUGUCAUUUGUAACCCAGACCGCUUUGUGUGUGUGUGUGAGAGAGAGAGAGACAGAGACAGAGAAAGAGAGAGAGAGAGAGAGAGAGAGAGAGAGAGAGUGAUUCCCCCUCUUUCCUUUCUCUCCAUUUGAAAACAGAGGAGACGUCAACAAGGAGAACAUCCCAGAGGCCGGCAGCGUUAGCGGAGCUAGCAGCUGUGGCAUUAGCGUUAGCGUGGUUGAGGAAGGAGGGAGGAGGGACUACCAGACUAGCCAGGGAGGGCUCCACCACGAGGGCCCCAGACCCAGGAAGCCUAAACACAGCCACUGCCACCAGAGCCCCAUGCUAGGCCAGCUUAUUGACAACCAAGAACCCCACGCGGCAAGUCACUCUCUCUCUCUCUGUAUUUCUCUCCUCUCUUUCUUUGUGUCUCUCUCGCUCCUUAUCAUUGCAGAUGUGUGUCUAUUGUUGCCAUUUUAUGCUCAUUUAUACUGUAUGUCCCUUGUUGAAUUCAGCUGGAGGUAAAACAUUCAAAACAGCACAUCUAAGACAGUUACUUCUUGUUUACCAGUUUACCAAAUCUCUGUAGCAAACUUGUUUACUUAUUUUGCGGUGCACACUCAUCAUUUAUUUUCAUAGUGUCAUGUUUUGUACUCCCAAAGGGCAACCUGACCUUUCAAGUUACCUAUCCUGGCCUGAUUCUCAUAAUCCUCCCUCUUCUCCCACAAAACAGUAUGACGCAGACAAGGUUUGACGCAAGUUUGGUUCACGCCACUGUGGUGUUUUUCACUUCGCUGGUGUUACGUUUGCCUUACGACCAACCCCAGUCCACUCUUAAUGGCUGCUAUGAGUCACUCCUGAGUAAUUGGUGAUGUUUCACAAGAACUCCUAAGUGGGGACAGCAGCGAGAGGGAGGUAGAAAGAGAACAUUGGUAUAAACAUCAGCAUAGCUGCUAAUGGCUAGAUUCCUAAUCAAUCUUACAUAGGCUACAGAGAGACGUGAUAAGCUAGGCAGCGUGUGCUAGCGCUUCGCUAAAUGCUAGCCAACCUCCCUCCCUGGAACACUCUAAAUUGCAGGGCAGCGAGUUAACAAGGUUUACUGAGGUUCAAUUAGCAUUUGCGUUUAUUCCGCAGCGCAGGACUAAUUUAGAAGAUGAGGAAGGAACGCAUGGACUGUGUUGUGUAGCAAGGGCCUGUUGUUGUUCAGGGUUCGAGACCGCGAUGUUCAGAACAGUAUUUUGUUUUGGAGUUAAGGUAAUGACCGCUUACCUCAGUGACGUUGUCUAUGUGUGCAAAAUAAAUACAUAGAAAAUUAAGAAAACAUACCAAUUGAGGUGUGUCGCAAUAUGAUAUUGGACUCUUGGAAUUUAUUUAAAAUUAUUUAAAAUGUAGGCCCUCACUGCACAUUUUAAAAUGUUUCCCAUUUAAUUUUUCUCAUUAUGCUGGAGGGUAUGCUAUUGUCUACAUCAAGUAAUUACAUCAUUAUCUCAGUAAUAUGCUUCAAAACUGCUGGUGGACUAAAACAGGUUUCAUAGUAUUUUAAUAUUACUAAUUGAGAUGCAGCCUCAGUAUCUAUCAAAUGCAGCAGAAAAUCAUUUGUCAGCAAACAGUUGCCUGGCAACAGCUUAAAGAGUAGUAAGUCAUACCCAGUGGCUCAUUACCAAUGAUAUGGCCCUUAAUACAGAGACCGUAUCUUAGCUAAUGUAACAGGAGAGUAGCUACUGUAACAGACCUGGGUUCAAAUAGUAUUUGUUUUCUCUCGAAUACCUUGAGCAUGUCUUUGAGUCUACCUGGAUCGCCCAGUGAGUGCUAAACGGUCCGGGGUUUGCACUUUUGGGAUGAUUCCAUUAGUUCUGUUGCUCCAGGCAAGCUCAAUCAAGUGCAGCGAAACUAUUUUAACGAAAACAAGUAAUAUUCGAACCCACGUCUGGAAGCUACUCUAGCAGAGCGUGCCCAAAGCCUAUGGGGAGUGAUUAAGGCCCUAUAAAGCCUCCCAGAGGGUUAGUCCCAAGGGGUGUCAUAGUGUACAGAACACCGUAGCACCAUAGAACAGUACAAGCUGUACAGUACAUUCCCUGGUUGGUUGAUGUGACCCACACACCACAGCCCUCCACCACCUGUUCUGUAACCUGUUUCUAAAAACCAACUGAUGAUUUGACUCGUUCAGCUUUUCCUCGCCGUGGUUUUUGUGACAAUAGUUAAGAGAGGUCAUCAGGUUGGAUAAAUAUUUUUUUAAAUAUAUACUUAUGAAUAAUGUGAUAUAAAUGUGAUAUUUUGCUAGAUUUUAUGUGUGUUUUAUCUAUCUAAUGGCCAAGGCAAACAGAAUAACAAAUCCUGUGUGAUUGUGUCAACCAGGUCUCGGCACACUGUUUAUGUAAAAUGUUCUCUAAACAUAAUUACCCUGAAAUAAAUGUUUUUCUCCAGACAUAGAUGUCUGAUGGAAGCAUGUCCGGAUCAACAGAGCUACUGAAAUAGCGUUGCACUUUGAUCCAUACCGUAAUCUCCACUAGAUAGAUAGUAAUAAAAUGUUAUGUAUCCUAUUUCACACAGCUAAAAGAAUGCGUAUCAAGAGUACUUGACAGAGCCGGGACCAACAACAUGGAGUCAUCAGACGACCGGUAAGCAUUGUUUUAUUUGAACACAUUUUCCCUUUAAAAUGCUUGUAACUACUACUGACCAUUUUCACCUUUUAAUUUAGAGAGCAAAGUUCUGCAUCAGAAGUAGCUAAUACCAAAAAAAUGUACUACCUAAUCUAGAUAUUAAGGGGACCCCAAGAGGUGCACGUUUCAGUUUCUGCCCUAGCACUACACAGCUGAUUGAGAUAAUCAACGAAUCAUCAAGCUUUGAUCAUUUUAAUCAGCUGUGUAGUGUUAGGGCAAAAACCAAAAUGUGCACCCCUUGGGGUCCGAAGGGCCGAGUUUGGGAAACCCUGUACUAACAUAAUGUCACACUGUUGUUUACAGAAGGAUUGUUAUGUUGCUAAGGCGCUGACGGACUCCCUGAGGUCUAGUCCCAUCGUGUCACAGCACCUGUCUUUAUAGGGCGAUGUUUAUAUGACAACGUUUUUUAUCUGAUAAAUUUGAGCGAAUGCUGCUGACAUUGGAGAGUUAGGGGGCUAGAUAGCGUAUCUAAACUCAACUCUGCACGCUUUUCUACGGGCUCCUGGCUGUGUGGAAAACACCAGUCCUUGCUAGGGUAUGAUCCUCACAUGAGAAAAGGGGAUGUAACAUGUCUAUGUUUUCACCUCUCUUUCAGAAGUGACAGUCAAAGAAAGGACUCAAGUCUUCCUCUAACUCCUUCAUGGGUGAGUUGAGUAUCUAUCUAUCUAUCUAUCUAUCUCUAUCUCUAUCUCUAUCUCUAUCUCUAUCUCUAUCUCUCUCUCUCUCUCUCUCUCUCUCUCUCUCUCUCUCUCUCUCUCUCUCUCUCUCUCUCGCUCUCGCUCUCCUCUCUUUUCUCUCAUCUCCCUCUCCUCUCUCUCUCUCUCUCUCUCUCUCUCUCUCUCUCUCUCUCUCUCUCUAUUCCUCUUUCACUGAAAUUCCCUGCAUGUACAUGCUAGAUCUCCUAGGGUUGCUGUGUUCACACUGCUUGAGGAAGAUAGGGCCAGAGUCUCUCAGUAGCCUAGGUGAUUGUAGCCUAGGGGUCUGUUGGAAGGGGAGGUGUCUGAGGGAAGAGGAGGUGUCUGAGGGAAGGGGAGGGGUCUGAGGGAAGAGGAGGUGUCUGAGGGAAGGGGAGGGGUCUGAGGGAACUACUAGAGCUUGUUCAUGACCAAUGAACAACUGGAGCAGAUACAUGAGCUACUAUUUUGGUCCCCUCACUGCAAUGUGGAACUACCACAUCUCUGCUGGUCAAGAUGUUACAGCCAAACAACUUCUCUCUAGGGGAAAAGCAGACAUCCCUUGGAGAGAUUGACAGAUAAGCAACAAUGAAUCACUGUUAUUGACACAAUAUGGAAAGUAGAGAAGAAGUAGAAAAUAAACUAAAACAGUUUGAGCUUUUCAUUGAAUGAAAAUCCCCACAUGAAACAACUAACUACUUAUCCACGCAUCUUGAUGGGAACACUGGGAACGUUUUACACUGCAGCUCUGUAUCACUUCAAAAUGUGAAUCACUGUGCAACUAUUAAAAACAUCAGAAGCAGCCAUUUAGCAUAGUGAUAAGAUCAUAGUUGCUAACGUGGUGUGCAGAUGGAAACAGUCCUAUGGAAUCUACUGGUCCAUCUGCUUUCUAGUACAGUAGGCUAAUCUGUAACACUUAAUGUGACUCUACAACAGAACUGUACACACACACAAACAUACACACACACAGUCCAGAUGGGUCUUAAUGACACAAUUCUCUGUCUUCACCACCUCAGAACAGGCUGUACCCACUGAGAUGCAGUCUGUGCCUGGCAUGGUGGCACGGCGUCCUCGGGGGUAAAGGGUUAUUGUGCCAACCUCUCUGCUGGUUGUUGGUGUCAGAUCAGAGGUGGUGGCAUGAGGGAUCACAGCACCUAGUGACAUCAGAGCGUACUACUGACAGCAGGUCCAAUUAGUGUACAAAGUAGUUUAGUUCUCUUGAUCGGUCUACUAAGACAGAGGCUGUGUUCCCUAUGUUCCCUAUGUCAAAACUAGUUCUCUAUAAAGGUAAUAGGGUCCCAUUUGGGACGCAGCCAAAGACAGAUUGAUGUCUUGACUAGAUUGAUUGUUUUUAAGCAUAUUUUUUGAAGGUUAUUGUUGAAGCUCAGUUUUAUGUUGUCUCUUAAAACUGUAACUAAAGUUUAUUGUUAUUCAGAGACAGUUCAGUCAAAACAAAGACAACCUUUUAGCGUUUCAGUCAUGUGCACGAUGGAACGCUGCUUCGUCCGUAUAUUGCUUGUUAUCCUCGAAGCAACUCAAGUCGACGUGAAAGCUGAGAGAAACCCUCAUUGGACCUGUCUGGCUUUCACACCUUAAAACAUUUAUGGACAGAGUCUUUUACAGCCUUGGCUGUAGUGAGUGUUGGCCUCGGUCAGCACACACACACACACACACACAAACACAUGUACACACACACACGUACACACACACACGUACACACACACACGUACACACACACACAUACGUACACACACUGAAGUGUAUCAGUGUGUGGCAUGCCUGAGCCUCUGUAACCUGAUAACACCCAGAAUGUCUUCUAGAGCUCACUGUUCCAGCUUGUGUGUGUGUGUGUGUGUGUGUGCGCUCAUUCGUUCCAUAGCAUAAGGGGGAGCAGUGCCACGUCUGUGCUAGCUACCACAUUCUCAGCCCUGUCCCAAUACUACACACACAGCCAAGGGCCAGUGGAGGUACAGGGAGUCAGGACAGGCUUAAGAGAUUAAAGACUUCCACACCCACACAUCAAUUCUGGACCACUUAAACCAGUACAGUACAGCUCAAUGGGACCUGGAAUAUAACUGUACAAACAAGUCUUUCUUUUGGUUUGACCUAUAAUGCCUACAGUACCGUACUGCUUAGUACCCAACCGCAAAAAAGAGAUUUCAACUUUCAAAGGGAUCUUACUUGGUUGGAUAAAAGCUUAGACGGCAUGUAAAUUCGAGCACCCCCCCCCCAAAAAAAAACAUGAUGCUUACUUGGUGUUGAUUCUGAUUUCUUGCAUCUGUGUAAUAUUGUGAAAACCUCAGGAUUGUACUGUUGUAAUAAUGGAUCACAAAAAUGUGAAGGGGGUUAUUGCUCGUUCAGUAUACACUCGACACUGUGUGUGUGUGUGCGUGUUCUUUCGUGCGUGUGUCACUAGUGGCUGUGUAUCAAGCCUCCUCAUCCAAUGUGAUUACCACCCCAGCCUCAUCUUCCUAAAUCGUCUGUGUGCAGCCUGUCUAUAAAACCCUAACACACAUAUUAACCAUGGAGAGAACACCCACUGUGGGACAUGUUGGCCAAAUCCAAGCCCAAAGUCUGGGCACAACGUUGUGGAACGUUCAGAUAUUCAGUACCAGUCAAAUGUUUGGACACACCUACUCCUUCCAGGGUUUUACAUUUACAUUUUACAUUUUAGUCAUUUAGCAGACACUCUUAUCCAGAGCGACUUAGAGUUUUAGUGAGUGCAUACAUUUAGUGUUGUUUUUACUUUAUUUUUACUAUUUUCUACAUUGUAGAAUAAUAGUGAAGACAUCAAAACUAUGAAAUAACACAUAUGGAAUCAUGUAGUAACCAAAAAAGUGUUAAACAAAUCAAAAUAUAUUUUAUAUUUGAGAUUCUUCAAAUAUAUUGUAGAAUUCUUCAUUAUUCUACAAUGUAGAAAAUAGUAAAACUAAAGAAAACCCCUGGAAUGAGUAGGUGUGUCCAAACUUUUGACUGGUACUGUAAAUAUAUUCAGUAGAACAGAUAUGUAUUUCACUGACAUUUAGAGUAAAGGAAUCAUAAUAACUAUAUUUAUUCAUACAAUUUCUAUCUGCAAUGCUGAAUGCUUGUACCUUGGUCUCCUUCUCCAUCACUCUGCCCAGGGCGACUAGUGAUGAUGUAAUGUGGUCAGAAGUUGGGUCGUCAUAGGACAAAGGAUUAUAGUACAGCAGGUGAUGUACCGUCAGUGUUGCAGUGAUAUUUACGGUCAGGGUAAGUGUGGUCACCGCAGUCAAGCUGUUCUCUGUCUUCUAGUGAGUCUGGGUUCAUCUUGAAAUUAUUGUGACCGUAUACAGAUGUUUAUCUUUCUGUUGUGUGUAGUAUUUUCCAAAGGCUUGUUGAUCGAAGUAUUUGCUGAAAAUGACUACUGUGAUGGUACAUUAAUAUGUUUCAAAAAAAUAUAUACAGUGUAUACUGAUAUAUAUUUAUAUACAGUGCAUUCGGAUAGUAUUCAGACCCCUUGACUUUUUCCACAUUUUGUUACAUUACAGCCUUAUUCUAAAAUGGAUUAAAUAAAAUAAAAAUCCUCAUCAAUCUACAAACAUUACCCUAUAAUGACAAAGCAAAAACAGGUUUUUAGACAUUUUUGCAAAUGUAUAAAAAUAAAAAUAAACGAUACCUUAUUUACAUAAGUAUUCAGACCCUUUGCUAUGAUACUCGAAAUUUUGCUAAGGUGAAUCCUGUUUCCAUUGAUCAUCCUUCAGAUGUUUCUACAACUUGAUUGGAGUCCACCUGUGGUAAAUUAGACAUGAUUUGGAAAGGCACACACCUGUUUAUAUAAGGUCCAACAGUUGACAGUGCAUGUCAGAGCAAAAACCAAGCCACGAGGUCGAAGGAAUUGUCCGUAGAGCUCCGAAACAGGAUUGUGUUGAAGCACAGAUCUGGGGAAGGGUACCAAAAAUGUCUGCAGCAUUGAAGGUCCCCAAGAACACAGUGGCCUCCAUCAUUCUUAAAUUGAAGAAGAAAUAGGGUGGUUGUCCCACUGGCUAUCCUAAGUUGAAUGCACCAAUUUGUAAGUCGCUCUGGAUAAGAGUGUCUGCUAAAUGACCUAAAUGUAAAAAUGGAGGAAAACUGGCACCAUCCCUACGGUGAAGCAUGGUGGUGGCAGCAUCAUGCUGUGGGGAUGUUUUUCAGCGGCAGGGACUGGGAGACUAGUCAGGAUCGAGGGAAAGAUGAAUGGAGCAAAGUACAGAGAGAUCCUUGAUGGAAAACCUGCUCCAGAGUGCUCAGGACUUCAGAUUGGGACGAAGGUUCACCUUCCAACAGAACAACGACCCUAAGCACACAGCCAAGACAAUGCAGGAGUGGCUUCGGGACAAGUUUCUGAAUGUCCUUGAGGGCCCAGCCAGAACUCGGACUUGAACCCGAUCUAACACCUCUGCAGAGACCUGAAAAUAGCUGUGCAGCGACGCUCCCCAUCCAACCUGAUAGAGCUUGAGAGGAUCUGCAGAGAAGAAUGGGAGAAACUCCCCAAAUACAGGUGUGCCAAGCUUGUAGCGUCAUACCCAAGAAGACUUGAGGCUGUAAUCGCUGCCAAAGAUGCUUCAACAAAGUACUGAGUAAAGGGUCUGAAUACUUAUGUAAAUGUGAUAUGUAUUCUUUUUUAUAUAUAUAAAUUUGCAAAAAUUUCUAAAAACCUGUUUUCACUUUGUCAUUAUGGGGGAUUGUGUGUAGAUUGAUGAGGAAACUUUUUUUUAAAAUCAAUUUUAGAAUAAGGCUGUAACGUAACAAAAUAUGGAAAAAGUCAAGGGGUCUGAAUACUUUCUGAAUGCAAUGUAUGUAUGUAUAUAUAUAUUUAUAUUUAUAUCUAUCAUAUCAUUUUUAUAUUGUUUUAUUAUUGUCAUUCUUACAGCAAUGUGAUCAUUAGCUUCUAUAAGGAUGAUGAUUAAUGUGACUGAAAAAGAUUGAAUCAAACCUAUCAUUAGCUAGUCGAUGUGUGAAACGUGAUUUGGUCACAUUACAAGUCUAAUCCUUUCCCUGUAUAGCCUCUAAUGGGGCGAUGCUUUGAAAGUAUUUGAUUAAAUUGUCCUGAUUUGCAUGUCAAUGACCCCUUUGGUGGUAUCAAGGGUGACUAGUUUGAGAAGUGUUAUUUGAAACAGUAGAAUGAAGAAGAAGUCACAGAACACUUGAGAAAAUGUUUUGUAACAGUUACCAUGGCAACGUGUUGUCCCCCUUUUGACGUCUUUGACCCCAGUCCAUCUCAAGGUAAUCAGCUCUUUCUUCACACCUUCAGAUGAAGUCAAGAGGUUUCUAUUGUUUGACCGAACCGCCUGGUAAUGGACCCAUAUCAAUCAUAUGACCCUAAAUGAGUUGUCAUUGAUAUGGGGUUGAAUAGUAGUCGUUUUCCCCGCUGAGUGUGUUUGUUUGCUUGUUUUUGUGUUCUGUAACAUGAAGUGCUUUUGAAUGUGAGUCUCUCGCUUUUUUAGAACUAGGGUUAGAUUUCUUUUGAUGGCAUCCUGCUACACACAGUGUGAGCAAAAAACAGAUACAGACACACACACAUUGUGUGUGCCGCAUAUCACUUUCCCAGUAAACAGUGACAGUAUGCUCCUUGAUAGAAGGGUAGGAAAGGAGAGAUUUAGAGAGAAAAGGGAGGAAAUUCAGAGAUUCAGAUUGAGUGUUUAAAUGUCCGUUGUUCCAUGGUCUGUGGUUCCCAGCGUAGGGCAGCUGGGUGUCUGGGACAAAUUCCCACAGUCAACAGCUGAGAGCACUUGAUAACUCCCCGUCAUUGGCAUUACAGUAACAGUCACCUCUCACCCCCCCAGUUAUAUCACUACCAGUAAUCAUACACAACCCCCUCAAUGGCAGUUACUUUUAUAACAAGUGGCAUUUAUGGGGGCUGUGGCAGUUUUAAUCCCUGAUCUGUUCCUAAAAUAACUCAGUCCCACGCCUAGGCAGAGGCUAGAGGGGAUGUGAGGGGAAGCUAGCCCCCUCCCAGUUUAGCACAAAGUCCUGUCUGUUUUGGACGCACGCCCCGCCUGCAUGACCCACCAGCUGAAUACACUUACGGUAAUGGUGAGGGAUUGUUAGCGUUUUGCUAGAGGGGCAUCUGAUAGUAUGUUUGAGUGAUAUGCUCAAAAAGCAUUGGAAAGAGCUAAGAAUGGGGGGGGGGAGAUAUUGAAAGAGUAGAGCUAGAACGACAGAGAUAAUGGUAUUUACAGAUAAGGGGGGAGGGAAAGUGGAGAGGGUCAAAAAUGAUUGAGAGAGAGAGGGGGAUUCGGAAGAGUGAAAGAAAAAUGAUGGGGAAAGAGAGCACAGGAGAGGAGGAAAGGAGAGAGUGGUAGCCGAAAGAGAGAACCCCUCCAUGCUCCAAGGCAAGGAUGUCUGUCUGCAGCAGAAGAGAGUGAAAAAAAAUCUCAGCCUGUGCUGGCGUCUGGCGAAUAAUCUGCUUGCUUUUCUUUGCCAUACCUCUCUCCCUCCUCCUCCUCUCGCUCCUCCUCCUCUCCCUCCUCCUUCUCUUCCUCCUCCUCCCUCUCCCCCCUCCCUUCUGCUCUGGCUACUGUGAGACAAACCACUCAGAAGGAUCAGUGCAUAUGUACGGAGGGAGGGAGGGAGGGAGGGAGGGAGGGGGAGGGAAAAAAGAGAGAGAGAGGCAGGGGUGGGAGAGGGGGAGGGAGGGAGGGAAAAAAGAGAGAGAGAGGCAGGGGUGGGAUCCCAGAGAGAAAAAGAGGAGGGGAGGGGAAUGAAACCCUCUCACACACACACAGAUAGACAGACAGACAAGCCCGGUGGACCAAUCAGGAGUGUUGUCACCCCCCCUGCGAGGGCUGUGGUAGGCUGGGCCAGGCAGAGGCAGUGUAUGGCUGAACUUAAGUAGCAUGCUCACUCCCAGCCCUUGUUGUUUUGUGUCUCUCCAUGGUUGUGCAGACACGACUCAGUAGUAUGAAGAUCCAGGAGCUGCCUAGUAGCUGCGAAACGGCCGACAGGAGGGGGGUCAUCGGCCGGAGUUUGGACCAGGAAUGUGGCGAGAGCUGCGAGGACGUACCCCGCUUGGACCUGUCGGCGCUGACCAAAGAUAACAACUGGGGAGGUAAGUCUCGAGUCCAAUUCCCCCCCACCUUUCUUUCCCUCUUCCACACACUCCUUCCUUCCUUCCCUUCCUUCUAGGCAGCACAGGGUGUCUGGGUGGCAGUUGCAACCCUCUCCUCCUCCUCUUGUUGUGGUGGCUCCUUCUGCGUCUUCAAGAAGACUUAUGGACUCAGAUCCUCUUAAAAGUUUCUCAGCUUCUAUAUCUGGAGAAGCUGCACCAUUACUGAAGACGUUGUGCUUGUGUACACAGCUUGGAGCAGCAUACUGCAUUUAGAUAGCAGAUAUUUGUAUUGCCUUUUUACCAUAUGUGGCUCCUGUUCCAUUAGACCACAUGGAGUUUUUUAUUUACUAGUGGUAGGAACAGCAUAAAAUAUUGUGUUGUCUUGCUGCUACCAUGAGUUAUUGAAGAGUGAAAGAGUGAGUAUUUAUGGUUUGCACAUGCUGCUGGCAUGUUUUGCCUUUUGGUUGGCAGUUAUUGGGCAGUUUGUGGGUUGUGAAUAGCUUCCAGAUUGUUGUAAGUAAUCUUAAAGGGAUUGAUAUUGAUCUUGUUUGAUAUGGUCGGGAUGUCUUCCCAUGGAUAUUGCAAACGCUCCUGGCAUUUAGUUUUUUAAGUGCGUAUGUGAGUCAGUGUGUGUAUGUGUGUGCCUGCAUGAUUAGAUUAACCCUAGGGACAAUAAGUGUGUGUGUAUUCAGUAAGGUUGUAUUUCAACUCUGCACAUGGCAUUGGAUGUAAGCAAUGAAGUGUGUCUAUUUGUUUAUUGAUGCCGAGGUAUCGAAUCUCAUUGGUCAUGCAUAGUUGAUACAGAAAUAGACAGAAGUAUUCUAUUAUUCAUUAGUCUAUCAUGGGCAUGUCUGCUUAUUUUUUAUUUUUUAGAAAGAAAUGUAAGUCAAAAGUUUUUGUUAAAUAACUGCAAUACAGCGGAUUUGGGGGGGAUUAAACCAUGUCAGAAAAGUGUUUGAUAUUAGAAAAUAAAUAUUUUAUUUCUUUCCAUUUAGUUUCACUGUAAGCUUUUAAUCCAUGGUGCAACAUUAGCAGCAUGUUGUUGGGUGGGAUUGGAGUAUCAGGAAGGACAGGCUGUUAGAUGCAGCACAACUGCUGCACAACUUGUCUGAUUGUUUUGGUGAGAGAUUGCAAAAGAUGGAAGGCGGAGGUGGGUGGAGUUUGAAGAAAUGUGUUUUUGUACACUAGUGAGACUGAAUGCAGAGUUGUUAGAUUGCUUAGGCUCGUUUGCACAGGGAAAAUUACCUGAAAGACAAGUCCACUUGCAGUUUCAGACUUGAAGGGACAUGCAUGGGCACAAUUUUCUAUAGUGACCUUGGUGACUUGAAUAUUGGAUACUAAAACAAUUUCCUACGUGGUUGCUUGGUGCAGGCAGCGGUCAUGCCCAACCCAAACUACCUAACCCCAAUGGGAAUAGGUCACACCUUAAGGAAAAUAUUGUUCAAACAUUUCCUUUGCAUUCAGUCUGUCUUCCAACUCAAACAGCACUGUUUGUCUUGAUUGUGUCACUAGUACAGUACAUUACCAAUGGAGCAAAAAGCACUCAAAGACGCCCUCUAGUGGUAGGGCUUGAGACAUGUUUGUCCUAUUCAGCUAAGGAGCACUGUGUUAGCCUGUUGCUAGUCCUUGUUUGCUCCAAAGUGAGUGUGAUAGACAGAUAAAUAUUCAGGUAGUGUCUGUCUGCAUAGAAAUUCUAACAUGCAGUCAGUCAGUGCUGCAGCCAAUGUGGGUUUGGUGUUAGGGGUUUUGGCAGUGCAGGCAGUGUGUGUGUGUGUGUUUUCUGGAGAACGAGUGAGAGGGGUUCGUUCUCUCAGAGCCAGGAGGGAUGAGGAGAGGUGAGGAGGACAAAAACAGACCGUUUUGAAGUCACAGUCCACGUGUUACCUGGCACAGAAGAAUCCCACACUACAGGAGGUACCUUCUUUAAAAAAGGAUGUAUCUGUCUCUUUGCUUUAAUGCAUAAUGCUUUAGACUACUCUGAGCUACUGAGAGUUAGAACUCCCAGGGGAGUACUUGAUGAUUGACCGUGACAUAGCAUUCCCAUAUCACGAGAAGCAUUUCUCCUAGAUGCAGGCAAGGCAAUCUGAAUGCUUGGAUCUUUUGAAGCCAGAGGAAAAGCAAGGCUUGCCAGAGCUUGGGUUUGAGUGUUUGAUUAAAGAGCAGUGAACUUGAGUGAUGUUUGGGGUCUUUUUGUCUGGCAGUAGGUCCUUUCUCUUCCCUUUAAAUAUAGAGCCAGAGGGGGUAUGCAGGAAAGCAGAUGAGGUUGUUGCAAUAGAAAUGGAUGAGAUAGUGAUGGUUGAGACGGUGGGUGGUGCAGUGGCAUGAGACCUUUUACCCAGUGCAGCCUGUGCCAACUACAGUCAUGGUGAGCAGAUAUUUGCCGUGUGCCAGCUCCGCGUACAUAGAGCUAGUUAGAGUAGAGAGGACUUUUUAUCUGUGUCCUGUCUACUACUGUGUCAUGUCUCUGUCAUUGGGAAAUGAUGUGCUAUGAUUUUCAUUUCACCUUUCGCAUGAUUUUCCUCCCUCCAUCUCGUCUCUGUUCUUAUCACCUUAUUUUUCUAUUUUCUUCCCUCCCUCCCUCCCCCUAUCCCAUCUCUUCUCUGUCCUCCAGAUUCUCCAUUCUUUAGCGCCCCUUUCCUUGAUUUCAAAAGCGUUUUCCAGUCGAGUUAUUAUGAUGGGUAAGUGGCAUUCUGGCUGGCAUUGGAACCGGGACUUGUCUUGCCUUGAUACAAAUAACCCAUUAGCGACAGAACAGAGAGAAAAAGCCCAAAUGCCUGUUGCAUGACCUUUUACUACUGCAUGGCAACAUCAUUAAACAGUGAUUGGACAUAUUCUGCUCCCAACCAAUCACAUCCCAACCUUUAGGGGCAUGACAGCAUGGCUUACCUCAACUACAAUGGGCUGGAUGCUGUGUGCUAGUUGAUUUAAAGACCUCAUUCGAAAUGCCAUGGUGAAUGCCGUAUUGGCUGCUUGACUGUGUUGUACUGUGUACGCAUGACAUAAUAGGUUAAAACACGUUGAGUUGAUUGAGAGGUUGUCGUCUAGUAAAUCCAUAUGCAGCACAGUGUUGAUUGGAUACAUUGUUGGAGGCAACCUUCUGCCUAGGGAGACUAGGCUAUUGCUCCCGCGCCCCAGGAAGUCCUUACAUGCGGUGAGAGAUCGUGGGAAACCGCACGUAGGCUUAUAGUAGCAUACUGCACGCACACACACUAAGUACAUCCAAGCCAGCACCUCCAUGACCCGAGUGCCUUUAAAGCCAUACUCAGUAGCCUAAGUCUCAGUUAUGUCAUUUGUGUUUAUGAAUUAUUAUCGGGGUGACAGUUGUACUUUUUUUGUAAACACACCCAGGUCGCUUAUCAGUAUUAGACAGCUGCUGGUAUGUCGUUACAAGCAUCUAGGCAACCUAGUACUUACUAUUAUUAAAAUAAUUAUAUUUACAAGUCGAGUCAGCUAUGAACGUUACAGCAGUCAAAUGUAAUUGUAAUUUACAGUAAAAGACAACAAUACUGCGGUAUAUGUAUAGCGCCGUUAUCUGCUUUAUAUCUUGCAGUGCAAACACAAAAUUCCAUCCUCCGCAUUCAGCAACUAGCUAAUAGUGUUGAACAGAAUAAUAAUUCGCAAUCAAAAAGUUGCAAUAGUAUACUCAACAUCUAAGAGGAAAACAAUUAGCUACUUACUGCAGCUGACAGCUAGCUGGUUUUCGUGAUUAUUAUCUGCACCAUCUAGAGUCCAGCAUGCGCUAGUCGUGCUGAGUGAGGAGUCUAUAACAUGGUGUUAGGCUACACUAUAGGAACAUAUUCCUAAUCCCUUACUGAAUGAAAAUUGCCCACAAUUCCUAUUUCAUUCAAAACUCAAGAAGGCAACAUGAAAGCAACUUUGCUACAGACCCGCUCGUGUUUUCAAAUAUGCGCUGCUGCGCGUCAUCAGCUGUCACACAGACAGAUGGACGGACGGACCGACAGCCAGGAGCCAAUAUGAACUAAAAGCUAAAAAUUACACUACUUUUAUUCUGUAUAAUUCAACUCGUUUAUAAUAUUGGGAUAUACAGUAGAUAUUUGUGUUGUUGGUGUGUUGCUGUAGUCGGAUGGAUCAGAGGAACAGAUAGGGUUUCCACUAGUAACCACAAACACAAAGUCAAAAUUGGCUACAGUGGUAACUAGUAACGCCCAACAGAUAGGCCUAUGUGCGCGAGAGAAUUUAUGAAGAAUAUGCGUCAUAUUCGACCUGCAAUCUGUAAUCAAAGCUGCUGUACUAUUGGUCAAAACGUCAUUUUGAUCACUUUGAAGUGACACAAAUGACAAAUUAAGCGUUUAUCUAUCCAUUUCGAGAUAUAUUAAACCAACAAAAAAUAGCCUUUUUAUUUUGGAAUUCGAACUCCCAAAUAAAUGAGCCCCAAUACGCCCCCGCUUCUUAGAAAAACAUGCAUGUGCAGCUACAGGGUGUGUGUGCACGUGGGUGUGCAUGUUUUCAAAGAGUGAUUCCUGAAUUCUGACGCCUCUAAAUGUUUACAUUGGUGAUAUGGAAACCUGACGUUGUUAUUGCUCUCACCUUCCCUUCUGGCUAUGUUACCUCUCCAGUGUGCAGUGUAGCCUUCAUGGUCUCGUUUUUACUGUGGUACAAUACCGUGGUUUCUCUCACGUCCACACAAAUGCACGUGCAGGCAACUACAUACACAGUCAGUACAUAAUCCUUGGCUGAGUGUUGUUUUUACAAUGAUGUUGUGUGGUGGUGGCUUAGGCUAUCUGAAGUGAAGCCUUCCCUUCUCUCCUAGCAACAACGACCUGUGUGAGCCACUGAUCUGUGAUACAGUACAGCUCAGGCUGUGGGUACAAUGCCUUGGUCUCUCUCUCUCUCUCUCUCUCUCUCUCUCUCUCUCUCUCUCUCUCUCUCUCUCUCUCUCUCUCUCUCUCUCUCUCACUCACUCACAUACACAGUUCUCACUCUCUCUCACUCUCACUCACAUACACAGUCCAACAAUAUUCUUCCUAUGCCAGUCACUCUCAGUAUGGCCUGGUCCCAGAUCUGCUUGUGCUGUCUUGCAAAUUGAUGACAAUGACCAUAGAAAUUGUGAAGACAUCACAAACCGAUAUGGGACAAGGCUAACUCUGGAGUCACAGCCGUUCCAUUCCUCUCCCAGGGAGGUCAUGGCUCCUGCAUUAUCCCAACCAGAGGCAUCAAAGAGCAGUCCGACUUAUUUAUAGCUUGGGAUUGGGAUUGUCAGAGGCAUCUGCAUGGUUAUUUUCACCACAGCAUAAUUAUUGGCGAGUCAGAGUGGACUCUGGCUGGGGCUGAACUGGGGCCAGGAGCUGGGGAAACCAGCCUGGAAAACGGACAAAUGGGUCCGUAAGUCGUUAGUUAGUGGCGAAAGUUUUAGUGAGCAGCUUCAUCAUCCCACACCGCAGUGACCUUUAGGGCGCUCGGAUGCGGGUGCCAGGAAGGUGUUGCCGAGGUGACGAACGACAGCCAUGUUUAGACUUAAAGUGGCCGUUAAUUCAUUUGGAUCCAAUCAGUUGGAUUCCCUUCUGAUCACAGCCAGUGAACGCUGCUUACUGCUUGCCUCAUCUCUUGAGACGACAAACAGAUAGACAAGCCGUUAUGUUUCUGUGUUCUACUUAAACUACACUAUGUUUAGAGGUGUUUGUAGUUCAGAUGUUGCAGCCAAGCAGGGUCAAUGUUUUUCUUCUUCAUUUUUUUUAACUUUAGUUUAUUUAGUAAAUAUUUUCUUAACUCUAUUUUCUUAAAACUGCAUUGUUGGUUAAGGGCUUGUAAGUAAGCAUUUCACAGUAAGGUCUACACCUGUUGUAUUCGGCGCAUUUGACAAAUAACAUUUGAUUUGAUUUGAUGUUGUGCUCUAGCAGUGUUUGAGAGAGAUAAGCCAGUGUUUGUCGACUACUGGUAGAGCCUGCCAAGUUCCACAGGUCACUCCCUCAUCCCUGCCCAUGGGGAUGUCUUUGCCGUGUGUGUGUGUGUGUGUGUGUGUGUGUGUGUGUGUGUGUGCAGUGCAGCUUGUCACUUUUUUUCAUUGCACCGCCUUUUGGAUUACAAAGCCUUGGGAUAUCAAAGGUGUUCCGAGUGCAGUAUGUUUUAAAACAUUAGAAGAGUCCAUUUUGGAAUUUAGUCUGGGACUAAGACGUCACAGCAAGUAAAAGUUCCAUCUUUAUUUUCGUUUUAUCUAGCAGCAUAAAUACAGUUUAUCCACUGGGAAAACAGUACUGGGAGGGAGGGGGCACGCUAUUCCACACGAAGAGCUCAGAGAAGAGAACCCCAACCUUUCCCCCCCACGUAAGAACCAGCAUUGAGGAACCAACCCAGCCAGACUCGUUGAAAAACAAAGGACAGCAAUGGUAGCCUAACCCACUUUUAGUGUGUGUGUUUUUGUUUUCAUGGAGGUUCUGUCAUUAUCAGACUAACCUGUUUUUUGUGUGUUCCACAGAGCCAGUCCCGGCCUACUCGUCGUGGCAGCGGGAGAGCAUGGACAGCGAGGAGGCUUGCAUUUCGCCCCAAGUGGGGGGCCGCCUGAUUCGCCAGCUGAUUGAAGAGGACAGCGACCCCAUGCUGUCCCCCCGUUUCCACGCCUACGGACACUGCCAGCAGUACAUAGAUGACACCGAGGUGCCACCCUCGCCACCCAAUGCACACUCCUUCGCCAGGUGAGGAACCAACAUGGAUUUACAGUACUGUUGACUUUGGGGACUAAUAGUGUGUGUGGGUUUGUUUGUGUGACUGAAUGAGUUUGACUGUUUUUGUGUGCCACUGUUUUAUUUACAAGAUAUGAAAGUCACAUAAUGUGUGAUUAGAUGUUUGUUCAUGCAUGUGUGUUUUCACAAUGGGUGUUUCGAGUGAAUGCAUAUGUAUACAUCCAACGUGACUCUGUGUCCAUAGCAACAGGCAGUCAUUCUAUUUCUAUGGCUGUGUCUCUGUCCUGCAGUCGGAGGAGGAGUUCCUCUCUGGGCUCCUGCGGUGAUGACGACCUGCAAGAGCUGACCUCAGCCCAGCUCUCCAAGAAGAUCCACGGUCUCAAAAGGAAGAUCCACAAGUACGAGGAGAAGUUCGAGGAGGAGCGCAAAUACAGGGUAAAUGGUAGCCCCUGAUGAAUGCUCUGUAGCUGAAACAUUGGACAGCAAGGGGAAAUGAGUGAGCAGCUUUUCUUUAUUGAUUUCUAAUGUAGAUACAGUAUACCAGAGAAAGCAGGCCAGCACAACUAGCUUAUUCUGAGAUAUAGCAAGACAUCCAAAGAAAUGCACAGAAAUAUAAAAUGCCAUUUAUAAGACUCACACGACUGGCUUCCUCGAAGUAAACAAGAUUAGAGAGUUCAUAAUGAGACUCAGCUGAUGGGAGGGGUGUCAGGAAUGGGGUCAAUUGAUAAAGUCAAGAUGUUGUGGGAAGACGUCAAACACUGCUGCUGUUUGUGGAUUGAGAGAAAUCAUGUGUUGUUGUUUACAGCCCUCACACAGCGACAAGGCCGACAACCCAGAGGUCCUGAAGUGGAUGAAUGAACUGGCCAAGCUCCGCAAAGACCUGAAAGAGCACAAGCUCCACAAGUCUGAGGAGGACCUCCCUCCGCUGACCCGCCAGCGCAGCAACACCCUGCCCAAGAGCUUUGGCUCCCAGCUGGAGAAGAAGCCCCAGCAGGAGAAGGUGCCCAAGCCCCCGGUAGAGAGCACCCUAGAGGGCGUCCAGAACAAGCUGCAGGAGAAGAGGAACGAGGGGGGACGGCCCGAGGACAUCAAGGUGAGAUAGGAGCCGCCUAGCCGCUUAUUGUACUUGCUGGACCUAUGUUAAUAGCUAAACGCUAAUGGUUAACAGCUAAAGGCUAACAGUGUCUUCCUCCUCUGAUAGGAUAUGACCCGGGAGCAGAUCGGUUCUGAGAAGGUGGCCCUACAGAAGGCUCUCCUGUACUACGAAGGCAUCCACGGUAGACCGGUGAGUGUCUUGUCCACUGUCCCUUUGCUGCCCCCCAAACCUAUUUCAUAGAGCCUUCUAGAUAGCCCACCCCCUGUCAGUACAGUAACUGAUGGCGCAAAGUAUUCCAACAAAUGCAUUAAAUCAGUCUCUGUACAGUAGAAGACCUGACCUAGAUCACAACUGAAGAGUAAAUAAUGUCUUGAACCAGGCCGUUUGUGUGGGUAGAGUGCAGCAUGUGUGCACACAGAUGUGUGCUUUGAACUAUGCAGUCUUUUCAUGCAACCUAGAUACAACGUUGUCUGCAUUUACACAGGCAGCCCUAUUCUGAUCUUUUUCCCACUAAUUGGUCUUUUUUACCAAUCACAUCAGAUCUUUUCACAUCCGAUCUUUUUCAUAGCUGAUCUGAUUGGUCAAAAGACCAAUUAGGGGGAAAAAGAUCAGAAUUGGGCUGCAUGUGUAAACGUAGCCAUUGAGACCCAGAUACAACAAUACAUUAUUAAAAGGAUGAAAUACCAAUGAAAACAUGACUUUCUGCACUGAAAUAUAUCAUUAUUGGCAGGCUAAAAGUCUUUAGACAGCUGUAACGAGUAUCUUCAUCUCAGUGAUGACAAUUGCUAAAGGACAAAAAGUCAGCUAACGUCUUAAUUGAACGGUAAAGGAAGUGACACGGACUCCCUUUUUGAUGUUAGACUGAAUCUAAUUGGGCUAAUCCUCGUUAAUGGUGUUUAUCAGGAAGUGGAAAGGUGACCUUUCUGACACCCAUAGCCUUCCCUGUGUGACUUUCUAUGCUAGUUUAUGGCCAGUUGUCCUCUGAGGUACUCAUAAAAAAAAUACAUUGGAUUUGAAUUGAUGGGGAUGGAAUCUAUGUUACCUGACAUGUUGUUGUGUGUCAGCCCUAGCUAGCGGUGUGCUAUUGUAGCCCCCCAGGGGAGUGUUAAUGCUAGCUAGCGGUGUGCUAUUGUAGCCUCCCAGGGGAGUGCUAAUGCUAGCUAGCGGUGUGCUAUUGUAGCCCCCCAGGGGAGUGCUAAUGCUAGCUAGCGGUGUGCUAUUGCUAACAUUGUGCCUUUCCCUUUUCUCUCUGCCUCUUCUCUAGGUUACAAAGAUCGAGAGACAGAUCAUGAAGCCCCUGUACGACAGAUACCGCCUGGUCAAACAGAUCCUCUGCAGAGCUUCCACCAUCCCCGUCAUCGUAAGUAUAGCUAGCUCUCUUUGCUCUCUCUUUCCCUUAAUUUUCUCCACAGCUGGGUUGUUCCUGGGUUGCUCUUUGAGGAGCUGGUGGUAAAGGUCACCACGUACAGUGUAGCAUUGGCUGAAGAUCAAGCACUUAAUCCUAACAACGCUAAUGUUAGCAUUAGGCUAGCAUUAGCGUCAGUGUCCAUCGGCGGUACUGUAUGUAGUGGCUAGCCAUAGCGCUAGGUUAGUCUCAAGGCCAAUGCCCUAAGCCUAAACCCGGCUUUAGUGGCUCAGUGGAUCCACAGGUUCUUAACAGAGCUCAAAGGUGACAAGCUUAGGCCACAGUAACUCAGCUGGCCACAGGGGACUACGAACAAACACACACGCACACCCCAGCUGUGCAGACACUCCCUCUAAACUAGAAAGAUGGCAUGGCUACUGAGGGGCGGAAAACACUGUACAAGAGUUCAGAUUCUCAUCAGAUAUAGGGAUUCGCUGAGGCUGGAUUGAUACCAGAAGGGGAUAAAAAAAUAAAAUCUCAAACUCUCUAACCACCAAUACAUUAAAGGUUAUUAUAAUAUACAUUAUUUUUUCCAUUGUAAUACAUUUCAUCUCCAUAUAAUUUAUGUAACGGGUAUACAAGAGCACUAUAUAUUUUAAUGUUUUGUCCCAGUUUUCCCUUUUAAUUUCUUGUGUAAACAAUUUGAUUACGUAAUAUGUAAUCUGUGUUAUGGACCUAAUGUACUGUACAGAACAUACUUUAUAUAAUAGAUUUAAUCCUCAUUAUAUAAAUUGGAGACCUAGCAAAGGUUUAUUACCGGUAGAUGUACUGUACAUGGUAGCAUAUAGGGUUAUGUCAACUGUUGAAUUAAUUGUGUGAAAGGGCUGACGCAUGAUACCCUUAUCUGUCUGAUCUAAGAACCUGUUACCCAGCCUGCCUUUCAGAGGCUUAAAAUCACACGAGAGCCUAGUGCUAUGUUUUCACUGAAGAAGCCUACUAUGGUCGUGACAAGGUACCACAAACAAGAGCAGGUCAUUCUGAUCCUAGUACUUGGUACAGGUUCCAAAAGAAGCAUGGUAGUGUUCAGCAGAAAAUCCUACAGUGACAAACCUGAUCCAGGAUCAGUUUAUAGUGGACGCUAUUCAGUCAGUUUCUCUAUGUGCUCUGUAGUCACAGCUGAACUGGGGUCAGUUCUCGAGUGGUAACACCUCCUUGUUAACCCUCAGGGUUCCCCCUCCAGCAAACGCAGAGGUCCUCUACUUCAGCCUAUUAUCGAGGGCGAAGCCGCGCUCUUCUUUGACGACAUCAAGGUGAAGACACACUACUGCUGCUUGUGCUCGACUAAUCAGUGAUCAGAACGCAACUCCCGCCCCCUCGCACCCUCCAAUCCCCUACUCCCUCACCUCUCAACCAAACCUGAUUGCAGCCUGUGGAUUGGGUGGCCACCCAUAGCACAUGUGGGGGGAGGUUUUGAUUCAGUAUCAACUUGGUUUUUGAUGCUUAGAUUGCUGCUUCAUGACUUGUUAGAUUGAUUGCUUUGGGAUCAAUUUGAUAGUGUGUGAGAAGGACUAACAAGGCUACUUGCCUGUGCAUGGUGUGUGUCAAUGUGUGUGCACACCAAAGAAAAAAAUAAAUCAGAUAAUUAAAUCAUAACAAAAACAGGGAGAUCGUCAAAUCAACGCUGGUCUUGAGAUGCUCAUCACGUGUGUGCUGCUAUUUGUGGAUGUAUUAGAAUGGUUUUGAUUGAGACAAUCUAAUAGAACUUCAAAGUAGAAUAAUUAACAAUAGACUUGUAUUAACCUCAUCAUUCUUGUCUGUGCCUGAAAAAUGACUGAAUAAUUUGUCUUUGUGCUCUGAUUCCGGUAACAUUAGAUUCACAAUAUUUGAUUAUCUUUCAUUAACCUAGAGCUUGACACUGGGUGUCCCUUGACAGCCCCAUGGCGUGUAGAUCAGUUCACCCCAGCAUCGCUCACCCUUUCCCCCCUUAACCCUCCACUGACCUCCCACUUCGCUGGUUCUGUCUCCAUAGGAAGAGGAGGAUGGCUCUGAGGAUGACUCUGAGUCCAACAACAAGCCCCAGUGCCAGAUCACGGGGAUAGUGCGUCCAGACUUUAGUAUGCUGGGCUUUCUGGACCAGCUGGAGGAGGAGACGGAUGGCUUCAUCUCGCCCGUCGACGAGCUCUCGCCCUCCAAGAACACCACCGACAUGCGUCUGUCCAACCUGCACUCGGCCACCAUGUAAGCACCCAGGCCGGCGCUGACCUCUUCUUAAUUUCCCCUGAGGGGAUAAAUAAAGUUGAAUUGGAUUGAAAUAUAAUUGACCUAAUAUCUAUAGCAUCCGGAUGGAUGAAAGUGGACAUUGUAGUUUAGAUUGUAGAAUUGGAGUACUACAAUCCUUAGUAGUCUUUUUUAAUUAAUUUAAUAGUCUCAUGUUAUUGUUGAUGUCUUAUCAAUUGAAGUUAGCGGUGGUAUUUCAUGUAUAUCUUAGGUGCAAGUGUAUAGAAGAACGUUCACUUCUUAAACAACUAAGAUUGUAACAACUUGAAGGACUUGAAGAACUUUAAAAGAGUCAAAACAACCUUUGAGGUUCAGAUGCCUAAAGCUGUGUUUGUCUCUCCCCCACACAGGCCGGAACUUGUGGAGCAGCUACAAGAGGCCCGGGAGGAGAAAAAAAGAAUCCGCAAGAACCUAAGAGAGUUUGAGGAUCAAUUCUUCAGGCAAAACGGAAGGUAAGAUGACAUUUCCGUUUUUUGUUUUGGGUCAUAGUUCGACUAAAUGUAAACUAUUAGAUGAUACGAGGACUCUAAGAAGUCCUCAUGAUGUACUGUCCUUCAUCUUUGGUUGCACAGCCAUUUUGACCAUCGUCCAUUCGGCUAAUGUUUGUAUUUUCUUCCUCCCACUCGUUGUUGCCAUAGAAACGUGCAGAAGGAAGACCGCUCCCCCUUGGCGGUAGAGUAUAACGAAUACAAGCACAUCAAAGCCAAGCUUAGGCUGAUAGAGGUUCUCAUCAGCAAAGCAGAUGCCUCU